AUGAGCGGCAUAGACGGUUGUCCUCCUUUUCCUUAUGUUGAUGGAGAGGAGGAUGGAGGACAGCAAGGAGGUGACGCAAUGGUGCUUCUAUCCUGUGGCAGCAGCAGCAGCAGCAACAGCAACAGUAACAACAGCAGCAGGAGCAACACGAAUAACAGCAGCAACGUGACAUCCCCAACCUCAACAAACAAUCAGCAACCCCACCACAAUUACCACCAAGAGGAGCAGCACGAUCAGCAGCAACAAGACAAUCAAGAGCAGCAGCAAGACAAUCAGCAACAGCAACAACAACAACAGCAUCAGCAGCAGCAGCAGCAGCAGCAGCAAGAAGAAUAUGAUGAAUUAUGGUGUAUAUUAGCUAGCGAGUUACCUAAGGAAGUAGAUAAUAAUUCUUCUCCUCUUUUUUAUUUCUUAGGGGAAGAGUAUAGACAGCAUGAAUGGGAUCAGCAGGAGGAGCAGGAACAACAACAGGAACAGACACUAGGACCUCCUGAUGAUAUACAACCACCUAAUUGGAGACCAGGACCGCAGCAGCAGCUGCUGCUGCAACAAUUCCUGCAGCAGCAACUCGCUAAUACUAGCAGCAGCAGCAGCAGCAGCAGCAACAGCAGCACGGGGGGCAGAAAGGGCGGCUUACGAGCUAUAUAUGAGUUACUACAGAGGGAACUAGAUGAGAUGCAACAGAAGCAGCAACAACCGCAACAGCAGCAGCAGCAGCAGCAGCAACAGCAACAGCAGCAGCAACAGCAACAGACAGAAAAGGAAACAGCAAUAGAGAUUCUUUCUCCUGAUGAAUUACCUUUUCUUUAUAAACUUUUCCCUGCACAAAAAGAUAUAUCUAUUUGCUGCUGGCGCUGCAUAAGAAGACAAAAAAGAAGGGAAGCAGCUAAGGCUGCUGCUGCUGCUGCAGCUGCAGCAACAGCAGCUAGUGGAGGUAGUCCUAGAGCUGCAGCAGCAAGAUCAGCAACAGCUGGCAAAGGCCGCAGCAAAACAGCAGCAGCAACAGCAGCAGCAGGAGAUACAAGUUCCCAUCGUAGACGAAGGCAGCAGCAGCAGCAGCAACAGCAUCAGCAUCAGCAGCAGCAACAGCAGCAGCAGAAGCGUUCUCGGCGUCAUGGUGUACAGCAAGACGAUGAUGAUGCUUCUGUUGGUGCAAGUGGUAGCGAGUAUAGUUACAGCAGCAGCAACGGCAGCAGCAGCAGCAGCAGCAGCAGCAGCAGCAGCAACCAUGGUAGCGAUCCAGAGUUCGAUCUAGAGGAACUAAGAGAAGAAUAUUUAAAUCUACAAGACAUAGAUAGGGAGGAAUUAGAAUUAAAGGAAAAAGAGGCAGCAAAAAGGAGAGCUGCUGCUGCUGCUGCUGCUGCUGCUGCUGCUGCAGGAGGAGGAGGAGGAGGAGGAGGGGUUGGAGGUGCUGCUGGUGGGAGCUCAGGUCGCAGCAGCAGCAGCAGCAGCUUGAAGACAGCAACAAGCAAAUCAAGCAGCAGCAGCUCACUUAAACGUGCUGCUGUUUCUCCUGAAGAUGCAGCAAAAGGAGCAGCAGCAACAGGUUCUCCUGCUGCAGCAGGAGGGCAGCCACAGAGUGCUGCUGCUCGUGCUGCAGCAGCAGCUGUAGCAUCCGGUCGUGCAGCAGCAGCUGCAGCUGCUGGUGCUGGUGCUAGUCAUAGGAGGCGUAAACACCCUCAACAAAAGCAGCAGCAACAACAGCAGCAGCAGCAACAACAGCAGCAGCAGCAGAUGCUGCUGGGGUCCCUUGUGCGGCAGCGGGACUGGCAGCAAGGGACUUCGCGACGAUUAAAGAAAAUAGAGGAAAUAUAUUAUUUAGGUCUUAGUGAGUUGCAGCCUACGCUGCAGCUGCAGCAGGAAGCAGAUGCAGCAGCAGAAGUAGCAAAAGCAGCAGCAGCAGCAGUAGCAGCAGCAGCAAAGGAUAACGGUUUAUCACCUAACAGCAACAGCAGCAGCAGCAGCAGCAACACGAGUGGUACAGGAGGACAGGAUGGAGUGGCAUCAGCAUCCCAAUCUCCAACAGCAGCAGCAGGAACAGCAACAGCAGCAGCAGCAGCAGGAGCAGCAGGACAAGCAACAACAACAACAGGAUCAGCUACCCAUCAUGAGACCCAUCAUUUGAAUCAGCAGGAGCAGGAUAAGCAGCAGCAGCAGCAGCAGCAGCAGCAGCAGCAGGAUGAGGGAAAAAAAGAAAAAGAAGAAGAAGAAAAGAAAGAAAAUAAGAAUAGUGGUGUAGAAUUACAGCAGCAACAUCAACUCGAACUGCAGCAGCAGCAGCAGAGACGCAGGAAACUGCAGCAGCAACAUAGCAGCAAAAGAAGAAGACCUCCUGUUAGAGAUCAUACUAGUUCUAGUACGGGUAGUGAUAACAGCAGCAGCAGCAGCAGCAACAGCAACAGCAGCAGCAGAAGCAGCAGCAAUAGUAGUCGUCAUGGUAGUCAUAGUAAUACUAGUGCAGAUGACUCUGAUACAAGCAGCAGCAGCACCAGCAGCAGCAGCAGCAGCAGCAGCAAUACCAGCAACAACGGCACUGCAACAGAUUCACACUCACGCAGCGAUCUAUACUCUAAUAGUCAUUCUGCUGCUGCUGCUGCUGCUGCAGCAGGAGAUGCUGCUGCAGCUCAGGUGGAUGUACAGCGCGAGCUGCAUGCACUGCAGCAACUCUUUGGGAAUGAUGAUUCUCUUCCUAAUGCUGCUGCUGCAGAUCAGCAGCAGCAACAACAGCAGCAGCAGCAACAGCAGCAGCAGCAACAAACAGCAAAGACUGAUGCAACAGAAGGGAAAGAGAAUCAUAGAGUCCGUUUUGCUGCUGAGCCUAAGUUGUCUCCUCGUGCACCUUCGCGCCGCAGCAGCAGCAGGAAGACAAGGGAGAGGGAGCAGCAGCAGCAGCAGCAGCAAUUUGAGCUGCUGCACGAUUUGGUGCCACAAGGCUUCUCCUCUAGGCCUCUUAGAGUCCCCCCUAAUGUAGCUGCCUAUACACCCGAAGCAUCUAAGCGUCGUGUGCUGCAGUUGCUGCAGCGGGUGCAGCAGCUGCAGCACAGACGGUUGGUGCGGCAGCAGCAACAACAGCAGCAGCAGCAGCAGGAAGAUCCGGGAGCAGCAGCAGUUGCGCAUGCAAUUGCUGCAGACUGCAGCAGCAUGAGGACUUCUUUUGCUGAUUUGCUGCAGUGCGCCUUCGUAAGAGUUACAGCAGAGGUGGGGCGCAGCAAGGGAGAAUCCGCAUAG